GGGGCGGGAGGGGGAAAGAUGGCGGCGAGGCUGAGCGGUGGCGAGAACCGGCUGGUGUCGCUGCCCCUGUCGCGUAUCCGCGUGAUCAUGAAGAGCUCGCCGGAGGUCUCGAGCAUCAACCAGGACGCGCUCUUCCUCACCGCCAAAGCCACGGAGCUUUUUGUUCAGUAUUUGGCUACAUACUCCUACAAACACGGCAGAGGCAAGGAGAAGAACGCUCUAACUUACAGCGACCUGUCUCAUACUGCAGAAGAGUGUGAGACCUUUCAGUUUCUUGCAGAUAUCUUGCCAAAGAAGAUCCUAGCUAGCAAAUACCUAAAAAUGCUUGAAAAAGAGAAGCGAGAUGGAGAAGUGGGGGAAGAUGAUGAAGAGAAUGAGGAGGAAGAGGAUGAAGACGAAGCUGUUGAUCAAGAUGUUGGAUCUUAAGACCAACGGAGAAUUGCUUCAUAGUUGAUUCAUUUUCUGUUGUAUAAAGGAUGUCAUUUUUGUGACUGAGAAUCCAGAUGCUGGAUAUAUUUAUAUACUGAGCCAUCUGCUUUUGCUUUUUAUAAGAAGUUUAGAAAUGGAACUUUAUACUCGUUGAAGAAUGGAAUUCUUCCCUCAGAAACAUGGUGAGGUAAGAAGAGCUAAUGUAAAUCUGACAGCAGAACUUGCUCAGGUGAUUUAAAAUUACUUCUUCAGACAAUCAUUGUCCAAAUUUAAAAUUUCUUACAGGCAGCUUUCAGUCCAAAAGCUCUUUUGCCCUUUGACUAGAAGAGAGUCCUUCCCCAGUUUGUGUUUCU